AUGGAUUCUCUUACUGAAGGGGACGAGCCCGUAUGGAACGUCAUUGCUCGUACCAGUACCCUCACCGCGGGCUUUCUGCUCGUAUGGCUUCUCAUUUCGUACGUCCGGACGCGAUGCCGACCAGGCCUUCGCAAGAUUCCGGGCCCGUUCCUGGCCAGCAUCUCCAAUCUCGAUAGAAUCUGGUCAUGUGCCAAAGGUCUGCAGCACGACUACCAUCUACGACUCCACAAGCAGUUCGGCCGCUUCGUUCGCGUUGGUCCUAAUCACGUCUCUUUUUCCGACCCGGAGCUCAUUUCCCAGGUCUACAGCAUCACGAGCAGGUUCGACAAAUCAGAGUUUUAUUCCAUGUUCGACGUGAUUAGUCCCGCCGGUCGGAUGAGCACCACUCUAUCCUCUCGAAACGAAGCUGAACACAAGGCCCUUCUGCGUCCAAUCGCCCAUGCCUACAGUUUGAGCUCGCUGAAGGAGCUCGAGCCAAUGAACGACGAGUGCUCUGCCAUCUUUCUCAGCAAACUCGAUGGCCUGGUCGGGCAAAAUGUCGAUCUCGGCGAAUGGCUGCACUGGUAUGCCACCGACGUGAUCAUGUCCGUCACCUUUUCCAACCGUCUAGGUUUCAUGGAGCGGGAGGAAGACGUCGACAACAUCAUCCGUGCGGUCGACGGGAGACGCAGCUACAACGCCAUCAUCGGUCAGGCCCCAUCCCUCCAUCCCUAUCUGUUCGGCAACCGCCUCGUGGCGUGGCUGACGAAUUUCAUCCCCUCCAUCGCAAUCCUGAACUCGUCGAAGCACCUCGUCGACUUCACCGCCCAACAAAUCCAACACCACGACAAGGCCGCUACGGAAACACCAAGCACCGACAAACCCAAGCUCCCAGACCUGCUCUCCCGCUUCCGCAAGUCGCGCAACGAAAUGAGCAAAGCCGAGUUUCUCAGCGCAACAAUCACGAACAUCUUCGCCGGCAGCGACACGACCGCCGCCUCCCUCAGCGCAAUCUUCUACUACCUCAUCCGCUCCCCCGAAGCUCACGCCGCCCUCCUUGCCGAAAUCGACGCCGCGGAUCGCGCAGGUCAACUCUCCGACCCCAUCACCUUCGCUGAAGCGCAAAACCUCAAAUACCUCCAGGCAACAAUCAAAGAGGGCCUGAGAAUGCAUCCCGCCGUCGGCUUGCUCCUCGAACGAGUCGUGCCCGCUGGCGGAGCGCAACUAGGUCCGCACUGGCUGCCCGCAGGCACAAUCGUCGGCAUGAACCCGUGGGUCGCAGCGCGGGAUAAAACGACGUACGGCGCAGACGCAGACUCCUUCCGUCCGGAACGAUGGCUGGAAGCAGACGACGCGAAGCUGAGGGCGAUGGAGCGCAACUUUUUGGCCUUUGGAGCGGGCACGCGCACGUGCUUGGGGCGGCAUAUUUCGCUUUUGGAGAUGUCCAAGGUCGUGCCGCAGGUGUUGCGGAGGUUUGACUUUGAGCUGGGCGCGCCGGAGCGGGAGUGGAGGGUGCGGAAUCAUUGGUUUGUGAUGCCGAGGGGGUUUGUGUGCAAGGUAAUGCGGAGGGAGUAG